AUGUCGGACGAUUACGAUAAGUACGACUUCGAGAUGGAGAAGCACAUCCACUCGGGGCACAGUGGCAAGCAGCGAAGCAAGAAGGAGGCUAGCGACCAUACCAACCACAACGAUCCGAGCGGCCAUUCGCGUAAGAUUGUGACCAAGCUGAAAAACACGGAACAGAACAAGAAGACGACCCCGAAGUAG